AUGCGCUUAUUCACCGAUCGCGUGUUUCAGUUCGAUGGCGUUCGGAUUUUGACUCCAACCUCACAUGAAUUGUUACAACGCGUACCACCAGCCCUGGAAGCGCUGGGACGUAUCGGUGCUUCCUGCCCAGCCACUUGGCUUCUUUCAGCCAGUACCAAUUUGAAACAGGGAUCUGGGCGAACCAACGACUACCUGCUACCAAUUAAGAACGCGCAACAGAUGAGUGAAGCAAUCUCACAUUGCAUUGAAGCUGCUUGUCACGCAUCGUUUGAUACGGAUUGCCAAAAGAGUUUGCUCGAAGCGGCCAACAUGGGCAGAAUUUUCAUGUCGGCAAUGUUCUCGGAUAGUGAUAAGACUCUAGUGGAUAAAAAAGUUAAAGAACUGGCGGAACGUACUGCUUCUGUUUGUCGCACACUUCGUCUGUUGAAUAAUUUGGCUGCUCCUUGGAUCGGGAUGGCUUUGACUUGGCGUGAAUUACAAGUGUUGGGUACAAAGCGGCUUUUGGAUAGACUACUGGCUCGCAAACACUAUCCGAUGGCGAUUGAAUUUAUCCGUUUGGGGAUAGAAGAGCAAUCUUCAGCUGAGACAACAGCCGAGCGACGUGAUAAGCGAUUGACAGAAUUACUCACACACUGGGCCUGUCAUAGUACUUCUGGAGCGUCCGAAGAUUCUGCGUUUAUCAGUGAACGAUUGUCCGCGAUUUUGCAAACUAUUCGCUGUGCUCUGGACACUAAUUCAGACGAUCGAUCCCGACCCAAAUCUCUGUAUGGGAACGCGCUAGGUUUUGUGGCGCAUAUAAAUUUUGCCGUGGUCGCGAGUGAGGCACUGAUUGCCGGACGUGAGAAAGUAGCCGAGCAGCUAUUGGAAUAUGAGCCGCGUGCUUGGCAGCAAGUUCCAUUGCUUAUCAAAUUGGGUCGCUUCGAUCGUGCGCUGGUGCGCGCUGUUGAAACGGGUAAUCCGGAGUUAAUUGCAGUAGUGGUUGCUGCGUUACAAGACCAAGCCAAAUUACCCCCAGCUGAUCUAGCAAUGGUUCUUCGUCGACAUCCUAUUGCUAUGGCUAUCUAUCAAGAAACAUGGGGUCAUUCGACCAGCUCGGUCGGAUCGUCCGACAAUGAGGCCGGUGGUCCGCUCAAUCUGACUCAGACAGCUCUGCUUAGUUUUGAUCACGAGGAUGAUCGAGCCUCUGAAGCGAAAAAGGCCGUGCUGGCUGCGUAUAGGGAAACGGUAAGCCAUAGUUCAUGUUCACCGGAGCUUCUUGUUGUGUUGUUUACGGUCAUUCAUAGAUAA